AUGUCGCUUCAACGUUUUAGAUCCAAUUCUUCGUCCUUAGUAUUAGAUGCUCCGUCAUCGCCCACCUCCUUCUCGUCCAACGUCCCCCAACUAGACGACAUAUCUAUCCUAACUCGAUGCGAGCCCAUUAAUGUACCACUGCCCUCUUCACCAAACUGGUCACACGAGAGACUGUUCCAAGACCCUAGUCCUUUAUCUAAUAGCUCACGGCUAUCCUUGUCCCCAAUGGUUGGUGCAGCCGGAGUCAUGAAAAAGCUACUAAAGAUGCGGCGAGGCUAUACCAAUAGUACUGGCGGGAUAGGUGUGGGGCUAGCAGGUGCUCCAUUGAGCCCAACGGCAAUGCCAUCUUUUGUUAUUGUUGGUGGCCAGGGCGCGAUGGCUGCAGGCUCUACGGUUUAUGAUGUUGAUCUAUUUCAGUCCCUCCCUCCUUCACCCCGCCAUCCUCCUUUCAUGGCGGCCUUGAGCGCAACUCAUAGCUCCAUAAGUCCCUCUAGCCCUAAGAGCCCCACAUUCCCUCACUUUAUGCUCACACGUUUCACUGGGCGCGACCAUCGCCCACCACCUAUGCAAAUAUCGAGUCCUCUUAUGACGCCCAUACGAAGUCGGUCCCCUCUAGGUUUAAGUGGCAGUGACUCCAUUCAUGAGCCCCCAGCUAUAUUACCCACGAGAAAUAACAGAAAGAAGUUGAACAGGCGAUCACUUUCUGCAGAUAGUCUGUGGGCAGCAAAAGGUCAAAGACCUCCUAUGGAGCGCAGCAUUGGUUCGGAUGGUUCUAUCGAGAGGGCUUCUCGCCAAUGGAAAGGCCGCAUAUUGGAAGCAAUAGCCGAUGAUGACGAUGGUGAUGGUGAUAGCAAGCAGAGUGUCGAAAGUGGCUUAUUGUCAGCACAGACUCGCCAUAAAAAGCAGCUGCAGGAUCAAAAUGAUCCUGAGCUUGAUUUCUAUAAAAAUCCUGUAGACUUUUUAAAAAUGCACCAUAAUCUCAAUACAAUCCCAGAAAUCUGGCCCAGCAGAAGUAAGCGGGAAUCGAGUGUUCCAUUCAGGCGCCAAAGUGAAUCUUCUUUAUUAAGUAGGGUCCUUGAAAUGAAAAACAACCAUUCUGAAACUCUCAGUACCAAGGAUCUUGUACCAGACUCUACUCAAGGGGACGACGACGAAGUAAACCCUUUUGGUCCAGGUAGCUGUUGGAAAGAUUUAGAUCCCUCUUCAUGUCCUACAGAGUUGGAUGUAGAUGCUGAGUAUCGCUCUCUUCUUUCCUCAGUCGACAUCAUGCUGGUCCCAACAAUCUCAUCACCGACCAAGUUUUACGAUUGUCCCAAGAGUCGACAACUGGUCAGGACCUACCUGACGGCUGGAGAACGUGAAUUCGAUGAGGUGGUCGAAUAUGGGUUCCCAUCCAAUGCCGUUAUUGAGGAUAGAGAUGGGAGGGUCAAGGAUUGCAGAUUCCUUACCCUGAGGCUUACUUUGACUCCUUGGCAUGCACGAGCAGAUGAAUCCAAGCUCUACGGCCCAGGAGAUGCUGAGAAACACAUGGCACUCAAGGAGUUGGUUAACAGAUUUUUUUUAAGGACAUCAUCAUUAUUGUCUUCUUCCCCGCCUCGUGCAACAUCUGACCAAAAACACCCUACUGGAAAGGGACGCAAGUCCCCUGCACUAACGUUAUCAGACAACUCCAACUCACAUUCACAACCAACUAUGCAUUCAGCUGCACCUAACCAUGCUCGUUCGACACAGGAAGUGCAUCCAUUCGACAACAUACACACAGCGUCUCCGUCUUUGUCUCUAUCCUUGUCUUCGCCCUUAUCUUUAUCUUUUCCCUCGUCCAUGUCAACGGUGAACCAUACAGAAGAGCCUGAAUCAAACCCUUUGUCUCCAACAACCCCAACUGCAUACAGUGGAAAGCAAACUAUGAGCAGUUCACCACCCAAGAAUACUGUUAGGAACAGGACCACAUCUAUGCCUCGAAAAGACAAAGGAUUCCGUAUUCUAGACCCUUCUGCCUCACCAACAAUCCGAAGCGUGCGGUCAACAGGGCUUUUGAGUAACAGAGAUCCAGCAGAGCUCUACUGCACCUCACCCCCUUCAACCCCUUCUCCGACUUCACCAAAGUAUGGCGGAUACAUUCAUUUACUCCAACAACCGCUUACACCUCCACGGAAGGGCUCUCUCUCUGCCUUUUCUCUCCCUUUAAAUAUAAAUGCAUCCAAUCAUUUGAAUGCAGUGCCAGCAACAGCUACAGCGACCCUUGCGCAUGAAGACUACCAGACUGCACUUGCCCCCGUUAUCCCGCCGCGCCGCAAAGCCUCCUCACCCACCAUUCUAUCAAAUGAGGCUGAAAUACAUCAACAUCGUCCUUUAAAGGUCGAUGCAGUCCCUGUUCGUGUAGGAUCUGCACGGUCUAGAACGGCCCCUGCGCUCUUUACCACUGCAGCAGUAAAAGCGAAUGCAACACAAUCCCAAUCACCAUCGCACGCACAUUUUCGAUCUCUACAGGCGGUUACUACUACCAAUACUACUGGAACUACUGCAUCAGUAACGACAGGAACAACGACUCUUCCAAUCCCUAUUCCUGGGGCGAGAAAUAGUGUUAGGGCUAGUACCAGCACUAUUGGCAGAUAUCCUCAUCAGCAAUUAUUUAUAAAUGGAAUGGUAGAUGUGGAUAGGCAUAAUUCAUCUGUGACUACGACUUCAACUACGGGUUCAAGGAUCCCAAGAGCAUCCUCAAAAAAGAGGUUGAAUCGCUCAGCGAGCAGUGCAAACAAUAUCAAGAGCACAAUGGAGGUUGCUACUCGACGACCUAUUAUAAUGUCAACUUCAACUUUAACUUCAUCCGCAGCAUCAUCUCCAACGUCUAUAUCCACAUCUACAUCCCCACAGGGGUAUGAGAAUCCUCUAGUGACAUCUAAAAAGAUAAGAACAAGGACAAACUCAAAUUCGAACACAAACAUACAAACAAGAACAAGAACAAGAAUCAGAACAUCAUCACAAGAGUGCAGUGCUGCUUCAUCCAUCCAUCCUCUUCACACGAAUAAUGAUCAUAAUAUUAAUAAUAAUAAGAAAAAUAAUAAUAGCAACAGCAACAGCCAUGUCAAUGCUGCUCCAGAUGCACAUCAUCAUCUAUGUAUUCAACGAACUCAGUAUAUCCCAACUGUCAGUACUCAUUGACGCUAGACACUAGAUACUAAUGCUUUUUUAAAAAAAACCCCCC